AUGGAUGACGCGGAAGUUGCCAAGAGCGAAGCUGAAACGGAGAGGGAAGAAUGCGAAGAUGAAGAGUUGCCGAUCACGACCACCACGAAGAACGCGUUGAUAACGACCCAGCUUGGUCCCUGUGACGUUUAUCCGCAUCGCGUCAAAGUGUCCAUCAUCGGCGUAGGAAAGAUUGGAAUUGCCUGCGCUAUCGCGAUCUUGAUGAGAAGAAUGGCCAGCGAGGUCUGCCUGAUCGAUCACGACUCGAACAAGGCUUCCGCUGAGGCCGAGGACAUUCAGCACGUUGGAGCUUUCCUGGGGUGUCCUCUAGUAACUGGCACAUCAGAUUUCAGUAUGGUGAAGGAAUCCGCAGUGGUGAUAAUUUGCACUCGCGAAACCGCACCUGGUGAAAGCCCAAACGUAAGACACAAUUUCAAGGUCUUCAAGAAAAUCAUACCUGCUGUAGCAAGAUUCGCAUGUAAGUCCGUCAUCCUGGUCGUUACUCAGCCGACCGAUGUGAUGUCCUACAUCGCCUGGAAACUAUCAGGAUUUCCUUCUAAUCGCGUCCUUGGCAUCGGUACGCUGAUAGAUUGCGCGAGGUUUCAAGACUUCGUGAGCAGAAGAUUAAACGUAGCGCGAAGUUCAGUUACUUGUAUGGUGGUCGGAGCGCAAGGAGACAUGGCUGGUAUUUUAUACUCAAUAAUGAACUAUUAUCGUAUAUUAGACCGUGUAUCUUUUGUAGUUCCUAUAUGGUCGAGCAUCCAAGUGGGUGGAAUGAAGCUUCGGGAUAUAAAUCCUAGAAUAGGGGAACAAGACGAUCCUGAGAAGUGGUACGAAAUCUCGGACAACGUAAAGAACGUUGGCACACAACUGGAGGAGAAGAAAGGAUCGUGUUGUUGGGGCGUUGCUGUCUCUACGGCGGAAAUCGUCGAUGCAAUUGUUAGGAACACCAAAGUCGUGCUUCCGGCGUCAACGCACAUUCUCAGUUGCGCUCACGGUACGGACAAGGACGUGUACAUGUCCGUGCCCUGUGUGAUCGGUCGAGAGGGUGUGUACUGUACCGUGCGACAGAAGCUAAGCGAACAAGAGAAGUCAGCGGUGCAGACGUGUGCGGACAGUAUUCGAAGUAUACUGCGGGAAUGCGGGAUUCUUCAGGAGACAAACCACGAGACGGAGUAGCGAGGAACG